GAGCAAGUGCGUGUUGUAGGAAGAAUCGGUGUAGAUAAAAUAGUUUUUAUUUAACUGAUGUUAAAGUGUCCUGUAGUAUCUAUACUCAGAACACGCGCUGCAGAGAUAUACUUUGUUUUCCAAGUUUUUUAAGGUUUCAAAGAAAAAUUCUCAAACUCGUUUUCCGCCUGUCUGUGCACAACACGAUACUGGAUUGUAUGUCUAUUGUUUUAAAGGAAAUAUCAAUUUUAACCUUCUCCUAAUCAUCUCCGUUUUCACUGAGAUUGGAUCUUGAAGUUCUUGCAAAGGCAAGAUGGGAUUUCGAUGGAACUGGACCAUGGGACUCCUGGCUUUCUGGACGGUUCUCCUGUCGCUUGGAUUCGGGUCGAACGGGGAGAUCGCACCGAAACCUCCCGAGGGAACUACUCUUAAACCGCAACCGAUAAAUGAUAUCGAUGAUCCUCAGUCGUAUCCCGAGGGCGAGAAAUCCAAUCUGCCGGUCUUCGCUAUGGACUAUCCCCGCAUACAGGUUCCUUUUGAAAUCACGCUCUGGGUCCUGCUUGCAUCAUUUGCAAAAAUUGGCUUCCACGUGUACCACAAGAUCACCAUCUGGAUCCCGGAGUCGUGCCUGCUGAUCAGCAUCGGGCUGAUCGUGGGCGGGAUCAUGCACUCGGUCCACGAGGAGCCGCCGGCGGUGCUCAGCUCCAACGUCUUCUUCCUGUACAUGCUGCCGCCCAUCGUGCUGGACUCGGGCUACUUCAUGCCCACGCGGCCCUUCUUCGAGAACGUGGGCACCGUGCUGUGGUUCGCCGUGGUGGGCACGCUGUGGAACAGCAUCGGCAUCGGCCUGUCGCUCUACGCCGUCUGCCAGAUCGAGGCCUUCGGCGUGCAGGACAUCAACCUGCAGGAGAACCUGCUGUUCGCCGCCAUCAUCAGCGCGGUGGACCCCGUGGCCGUGCUCACCGUGUUCGAGGACAUCAACGUCAACGAGCAGCUCUACAUCGUGGUGUUCGGCGAGUGCCUGUUCAACGACGCCGUCACCGUGGUGCUGUACAACAUGUUCACGUUUGUGGCAGAGCUGCCGGAGGUGGACUCGGUGGACGUGUUCCUGGGCGUGGCGCGGUUCUUCGUGGUGAGCUUCGGCGGGCUGCUCUUCGGCUUCCUCUUCGGCUUCGUGGCGGCCUUCACCACCCGCUUCACCGCCAACGUGCGCGAGAUCGAGCCGCUCUUCGUCUUCAUGUACAGCUACCUGGCCUACCUGGUGGCCGAGCUCUUCUCCAUUUCCAGCAUCAUGGCGAUCGUGACCUGCGCCCUCACCAUGAAGUACUACGUGGAGGAGAACGUGUCCCAGCGCUCCUGCACCACCAUUCGGCACGUCAUCAAGAUGGUGGGCACCGUGUCCGAGACCCUCAUCUUCUUCUUCCUGGGCGUGGUCACCGUCACCACCGACCAUGAGUGGAACUGGGGCUACAUCCUCUCCACCCUGCUGUUCGUCUUCGUCUGGAGAGGGCUGGGCGUCUUGGUGCUGACCCAGAUUAUUAACCCCUUCCGCACCAUCCCCUUCAACUUCAAGGACCAGUUUGGGCUGGCGUACGGCGGGCUGCGCGGCGCCAUCUGCUUCGCCCUCGUCUUCCUCCUGCCUCCUAACAUCGAGCGCAGGGAGCUCUUCAUCACCGCCACCAUCGCCGUCAUCCUGUUCACGGUGUUCCUCCAGGGAAUCAGCAUCCGGCCGCUCAUCGAGUUCAUGAACGUGCGCCGGACCAACCGCCAGCUCACCAGCAUCAACGUGGAGGUGCACACCAGGAUCAUGGAGCACACCAUUGCUGGAAUUGAGGACCUCUGUGGGCAGUGGAGUCACUACUACUGGAAAGACAAGUUUAAGAAGUUCAACGACAAGUUCAUCAGGAGGAUCCUGAUCAGGGACAACCGGGCCGAGUCCAGCAUCGUGGCCCUGUACAAGAAGCUGGAGCUCCAGAACGCCAUGGAGAUCCUGGACACCAGCACAGGAGACCUGAGCGCUGCUCCCUCCAUCGUCUCCCUGCAUGAGGAGAAGAAGCCCUCCGGCAAAUCGAAGAAGAAGUUCCUGGCCAGCGACCUGAGGAACAUGCACGACAUCCUGUCCAAGAACAUGUACAAGAUCCGCCAGCGGACCAUGGAGUACACGAACAAGAGCGCUCUGCCCAACCAGUCCAAGGCCCGGGAGAUCCUGAUCCGACGGCACGCCAGCAUCCGCCGCAGCCUGCGUUCCGGAAGCUUCCAAGCACCGGAUAUUGCCAAGUCCCAUAAGUAUUUCUCCCUCCCGGCUGGCAAGAACCUGGACUCACACUUCCCCCCAAAGAGACUACGUCCUGCAGGCGAGGAUGACGUCAUGUCGGAGACGGACUACCCGGCGGCCCGGCCGCGGUACGGGCAGCCCCAGCGGGCGUCGUCCCGCGCCAUGCUGCCCCUGCGCCGGCUGGACACGCUGCGCGAGGCGCCCGUAGAUGGCGCCGACGAGCAGCCCUCGCGGGUGGACUUCGUGGACGAGCGGCGGCGGGCGCGGCCGGGGCGGGGCGGCCCGUCCCGACGGGGCUCCAGCUCCAGCGACUCCCGGGUGCCGAACCGCCGCAGGGCGUUCGACGAGCCCGACGAGGAGCGGGACCCCCAGGACCCCGCGGAGGACGGGUCCAGGAACCCCCUCCUGCACCGUCCGCCCUGGAACCCCCCCCAGCCCUGAGAGGGGGCGGGGCGCGGACUGAGAGGGGGGGCGCGGCGUCUGACAUCGGGGUGCAGGGUGUGAGGGGUGCGGGGUGCGGAACGGUGGGGGUGGGGGGCGAGCCGGCUCCAGAACCCACUGCUACACUCCGCCCCCCUCAUCACAGGGAAGCGUCAAUCAUUCUGAGAAGGAGGGGAACAGACACCGGUGACACCCCCAGGUAGCCCGGACACACCUGAGCAGAGGCCUCGUUAUGCCACUCCACCCCCUCACACCAGCUACCUCUGCUUUUAGGGUCCUCCACUAUUUGGGGGGGGGGGGGGGUUAAAAUAUUGGGAAUUAUAAUUUUUUAUUAUCAUCUUUGGUUACCAUUUAAAAUUUGUUAACCGCCUUUUCACCUGGCCUUGGUACUGCAGAGUUCAAAACAGGUGGCUGUGACUUCGGGACAAAGUGUACCUUGAGGGCAAGUCCUGAGAGAUGGGCGUGGCCUCAGGGACACGCCCUUAAAAUGACACUGGAAAUCAGCCACAGCCUAUCAGUGCUUCUGUGCCUGUUUUGGUGUCGGGGGGGGGGGGGCACGGCCAUUCCAAUGCAAGCGUUGUGGCAUUUCCCAUGAUGCUCGGCGAGCUGUCAUGUAUCGGAGCGUAUCUUGGCAGUGGCACGAGCUCAGCGGUGCUGGUCCUCAAACCACCGAAACCUGGAAACCUGCAGGUUUGACUUUCCUCCAAAUGAAACUUAAACUGGGUCCUGGUCAGCCUAUCACGACUGUGCUGAUAAAGAUGCCGGGGGUUUUUUUUUUUUGUUUGUUUUGUUUGUUUUUUUUUUUGUUAAACGCCCUUUUCAAACAGAGCCUUGAUAACGGAGGUGUGAUUUAUUCCUGUGUGUGUGUGUGACCGAAACGACGGUCUGUGGGCUGUGCACCGCUCCCACGUGCGCCCAAAAGCCUGAGCUACAGAAAGACCGUGAAACAUCCUCGGGGGACCAACCGACUUCCAGUGCUCUUACCUCAGGAAUGUCUGUAGGAUGGAGGAUCAUGGGACGUUUUCUCCCACAGCACAGGAGGCUCCUCAGAACUCUGCAUGUGGUGGUGUCACUGAGACACCGCAGAGGUCAUAUCUGCAUACAGGAACGUGAGAGUCCGCAGUCUGCUACAGCGCCCCCUCUGUCUGAUUCAGGCUCUGCUAACCUUGUCCUUUGCCAAGAUAACCGUGUCCUGUGACUGUUGUGUGUUGAAGGAGACCGUGUGUCCAUUUCUCCGUUGGAUGGAUGGCUUGUGACUGUGAAGAUGUCAGAUCGGAGGAAUUCCUCUGCUCCAUUAAAACCGUCUGCCAUUCUUUUUGUUUUAUCAUAUUGUGUAAUUAAAAUGUAUAUAGAAUAUCUGUUUUAAAAAAUAAAUGGUU